AUGACCUCCGAAACCAGCCCCAACCCCAACAAGCCAGCCGAGCAGCUGGUUCGACUCCCUGUCCCCGCCAGGCUACGCAGUCUGAAUGCAGCGUACACUCUCGACGUGAAGGAUGAACGGGCGGGCACCCUCCGCCACCUGCUCGAGAAAGGGCACACGAGCGUUGCGCCUCUGCGCGAACCAAAGCUGAUUCUUCAUAGCCAUCUUCCACAUCUGCUAGGCUCCGCGUACUUCCUCGGCGCGUCUGCGCAGCAGCUCGAGCAGCUGUACGAGCAUGAAAUCACCACGUUGCGAGAUAUUGAUGAUACGUUCAUCCCGGGAUCCGCCCUGUCCAGGGACAACUGGAGGGAAUUUCUCGGCCAGAAACUAUACACAGUAGCGUACGUACAGUAUUUUGACAAGGAGCUGGAGCGCAACAACGGGGACUGGAAGAAGCUGCUUCAGGAUUACUUGUUCCCUGGACCAGAGCCGCUGAUUAACGGGUUUUGUGGUGGCCUCGGCCACCCCUUCAUCCACCUCGCCUACGCCUGGGAGAUGCAGUCUCCCGCAGUCGCCACAGAGGCCCUGUCGCUAGGCUGCACCGAGAGCAUGGAAGGCCACGGCCUGCUGGACUCGUACCCGCCAGACAACUCCACGUACAAGACCACCAGUUUCGCCGACGUGAUCCAGCGCGUGCACGAUGACGCCCGCUUCGACAAUCUCUUCGAGCACCAAGGAAUUACCAACAUCGAGGCCCUAAUGCAGCAGCGCUUCCAGGCUGUUCUCGAACACUGGAACGCCUGGGAGGUGACCCCGUCGGACGCACUGCAGCAGCUCGAGAACAUCUGCGACACGUCGGUACUGCUGGCGAUCGCGACGGGUGACCGUGAGCGCAAGUUCGACUUCUACCUCGUGCAUACGAUGACGGUCGCGCAUGCGCUGCGCGUUCUUUGGGAUCUCUUCCCGGACGACGAGCGCCGCGCGUGCGUUCUGCGACAGUACGCGCUAUUUGUGAUCAUGGUGUACAUCUGCCAGAAGAAGCCGGCGAUACACAGGGACCUGAUAGAUGAUAUUGGCAGUGUGCAGCUCGCGGGCGAUGAGGCUGACGGUUGGGAUGCGCUUGUUGAGCGGGCACUGUGGCACAAGUGGUAUAAGGACUCGCACUUCUUCAAGGUUGUCCGGGCGCCCAAGGCGUUUGAAGAGACGUUCGGGGCGAAUAAUGACUUUUACCGCAAGGCAUCGGCCAAGUUUGUGGAUGAGUUUGAUGGGUGGGAGGGGUUCGGGCUCGGUGUCGAGGGUUUCUUGCCUAGUCGCGAUGGGUAUAUACCGGAAUGA